GUCCUUCCGUCUACCCAGAUAGGAGCAUCAGGAUCAAGGUGCUGGCCAUGUCCCAGCUGGUGGAAUGCGUCCCCAACUUUUCGGAGGGGAAGAACCAGGAGGUGAUCCAGGCCAUCUCUGGAGCCAUUACACAGACCCCCGGCUGCGUGCUGCUGGAUGUGGACGCAGGCCCCUCCACCAACCGCACCGUGUACACCUUCGUGGGGCCGCCGGACUGCGUGGUGGAGGGGGCCCUCAACGCCGCCCGGGCAGCCUCCCAGCUUAUCGACAUGAGCAGGCACCAAGGGGAGCACCCCCGCAUGGGGGCCCUGGACGUCUGCCCCUUCAUUCCCGUGAGGGGCGUCAGCAUGGACGAGUGUGUGCUCUGUGCCCAGGCCUUUGGCCAGCGGCUGGCAGAGGAGCUGGACGUGCCAGUGUACCUGUAUGGUGAGGCUGCCAAGACGGACAGUCGCCGGACCCUGCCGGCCAUCCGGGCCGGGGAGUACGAGGCCCUCCCUGAGAAGCUCCAGCAAGCUGAGUGGGCGCCCGACUUUGGCCCCAGCUCCUUUGUCCCCAGCUGGGGGGCCACGGCCACGGGGGCGAGGAAGUUCCUCAUCGCUUUCAACAUCAACCUACUCAGCACGAAGGAGCAAGCCCACCGCAUCGCGCUCAACCUGCGGGAGCAGGGCCGCGGGAAGGACCAGCCAGGACGUCUGAAGAAGGUUCAGGGCAUCGGCUGGUACCUGGAUGAGAAGAACCUGGCUCAGGUGUCCACCAAUCUCCUGGACUUCGAGGUCACGGCGCUGCACACAGUCUACGAGGAGACCUGCCGAGAAGCACAGGAGCUGAGCCUCCCGGUGGUGGGCUCGCAGCUGGUGGGCCUGGUGCCCCUGAAGGCUCUGCUGGAUGCGGCUGCCUUCUACUGCGAGAAGGAGAACCUCUUCAUCCUGGAGGAGGAGCAGCGGAUCAGGCUGGUGGUGAGUCGGCUGGGCCUGGACUCCCUGUGUCCCUUCAACCCUGAGGAGCGGAUCAUCGAGUACCUGGUCCCUGAGCGCGGGCCUGAGCGGGGCCUGGGCGGCAAGUCCCUGCGCGCCUUCGUGGGGGAGGUGGGUGCCCGCUCCGCGGCCCCGGGGGGCGGCUCGGUGGCGGCGGCGGCUGCAGCCAUGGGCGCGGCGCUGGGCUCCAUGGUGGGCCUCAUGACCUACGGGCGGCGCCAGUUCCAGCCCCUGGACGCGACGAUGCGGCGCCUGAUCCCGCCCUUCCGCGAGGCCGCGGCCAAGCUAACCGCGCUGGUGGAUGCCGACGCCGAGGCCUUCGCCGCCUACCUGGAAGCAACGAGGCUGCCCAAGAACACACCUGAGGAAAAGGACAGGCACACGGCAGCCCUGCAGGAGGGGCUGAGGCGGGCAGUCUCUGUGCCGCUGACGCUGGCGGAGACGGUGGCCUCGUUAUGGCCGGCGCUGCAGGAACUGGCCCGGUGUGGGAACCUGGCCUGCCGGUCAGACCUCCAGGUGGCGGCCAAAGCCCUGGAGACGGGCGUGUUUGGCGCAUAUUUCAACGUGCUCAUUAACCUGAGGGACGUCACAGACGAGGCAUUUAAGGACCAGAUCCACCAUCGCAUCUCCAGCCUCCUGCAGGAAGCCAAGACCCAGGCUGCACUGGUGCUGGACUGCCUGGAGACCCGGCAGGCGUGAUGGUGCCGGAGGCCUCUAGGCUCUGUGGCCCCUCCCUCGCCCAUCCCCAGAGGGCAGAGCUGUGACCUGGGUUGGGACACAGCUUGUUCGUGUGGGGCCUGGAGGAUAGGUGGGUGGGCAGCGGGGCAUCUCCCGGGAAUGGAGGUGCUGGUAGAAACAGGAGACCCCUUAGUCCCAUGUGAUUUCCAGUAAAGUCUUAGCCCCAAA